UCAAUAUUCUCUCGAUUUCUGGACUCCAUUAUUGUAAAACAAAAUGGCUAUGUGAACAUAUGUAUCAGUGAAAAGUGCAAAUAAUUUGUGAUAACGAUGGCGAUUUCAACAAAAAUCAUCAAAUCAAUGCAAGAAAGUGAAAAUAUUUUGUGUUUGUCAAUAAAUAACGGUAAAGUGUGGAAAACACCGAAAGCACAAGGACAUUUCGGCGGGACAGCCCAUUGUGUUUUUAAAGACUUGAAUUUGCAUUGGUGUCGAAGAGGAAACUGUCGAAUUAUUUCUAACUGAAUGUUCGCUGGCGUAAAAAUGUGGAAUCUAAUGUCCAUUCGGACCCCCGACCCGAAAUUCGGGCAAAAGGGCUGUUUUCACACGUCCUUCCCCUUGGGGGCUGUUGCUUCCGACAAGCAAUUUCCGCUUUUUAAACCUGAACUAAAAUCAACUGUUUGUCAUAAUUACAAUUCCCGACAGAAAACAGAUCUGCUUGAAAAUUCUAGUCAAAUGGACUCAAAAAUCAUUAAAAACCCCGAAAUCAACCAAGUGUGCAAUAGCAAGAAGAAGAAGAAAAAGCGGAGACGAAGAAGAAAGAAAACCAAAAAUCACCAAACAAAAAAUACAGUACAGGAAAUUCCGGUGCAAAGACAACGUCAAGUGUCAGUCUGCGAAAGCGAAGACAGUUUUGUAAUUUUUUUCGGCGAGGAGGAAGAGCGACUGUCAGAAGUGUCUGAAGCAACUGAAGGUUUUGAUUCUUGUGAUUCAAUUGUUCCAAUCAAAAAGGUGCGAUUUGCUUCAGACAGCAGACUUUGUGAAAUUCAUCCAAUGAUCAUGUGGUCGUAUGCUUAUCAGGCGGCCCGGAAAGGUCCUUGGGAGGAAUAUGCUAGAGAUAGGGACAGGUUCAAUAAACGUGUUCGCAAGACAGAGGCAAUUAUUGGUCACGUGUUUACUGAUGAACAUAGGUCGAAAAUUUAUCAACAACGGUUUGCUUCACUUUAGAGAUUUAGUUUUGAUGCCAUGACUGUGAUAAUAAUUUUGACUGAUUUGUGUAAAAUUAAAAUUGUAUAAAUACUUUUAUAAUGUAAAGCUAUAGUUAUAGGUAACAUUUGUUAUAAAUUGUGCAAAUGUUGAUUUAGAUAAAUUUUAUGUUUAAGUAGGGAGGGUUUGGGUUAUUCAUAUUUGUUUCAAGAAGAUUGAGUUACCUAUCAAUGCUUUCUCUAGUGUUUACAAAGUGUAAUGAAAUAAAAAAGUAAACAAUAAAAUGUAUGAUGGAA